GGUGUCCACGAUUUUCCCUUUAGGGCAAUUUGUGUUAUUUGUAUGGCUGUUUUACGAUCUUUCGCUCUAAAAAGUGUAGAAAGCAAGAUUCGUUAUCUUAUCUUACUCAUCACUGUUGUUGACAUGUCGAUUGAAUCUUCUGCGUCAUCUUUGUGGCCGUUAUACUCCGAAGUGACUUCGUUCCCUGAUCCGACCACAUUAAUCAGAUGGAUGGAGUCUGGUUGUGCCUUGCUAAUACCUUAUGACUGUGACAAGAAUCACGAACCGGCGCUGAGAGGUGGCCAUGGAGCUCAUUGGUCUCUUUUGGUAGGCACGUGCAUUGGUAAUGUGGUGUUCUCUGAUGAACUCUACACAAAUCCUGUAGAUGUAAUGAAAAAUUUUCGAGCUUAG